AGAGAAAACUGUUUGUUUAAAUUGACGAUAUCAAUUUGUUUGGUGGUUUAAUAUUUGAAUGUACCAAAUUUUAUUUACACGAAAGCAAACUUUUGUUGGAUUAAAAAUAACGAGAUAUUUGGUAAUGCAGUAUCAUUUGUUUGGAGUUAUAAAUUUCUAAUUUCUUGAAAGCAAGCUAUUAUACUUCAUUUCAACAAAAUAUUUCUUCCAUAAAACCAAAGUAAUAUAACGUUACCUGAAAACAAGGGUGAUUUGAAAAAAACCCACAUAUUAAAAAAUGAAUCACAUAUUUCUUUAGACCAAACAAAUUAUUUGUAACGUCCUUUUGAGAAAUGCAGCUUGAGCUAAAUAAAUUAAAGUUGAAAUAAAGCAAUAUAUUUCUUUGUCCUACGUAUUAGUUAUUUCAAAUGAAACAAACGAAUAUUUAAUAUAAGCAAAAAUUAAACCUACCAGCUUCAAAAAAUAUGACUUCUACAUUGACAGAGAGCUUCUUUGAUUCAAACAAACGAUGAUUUAGAUUUACCACCUACUUGAUGCUCACUUGUUCUGCAUUUUCGCCAAAUUGCAUUUUACUUAUUGCGCUAUCGUAUUCGUAUGGUGUCUGCCUUACAAUUUACUUUAAUUUGUAAUUGUGUACUGUGAAUACGUGAUUGUAGGUAUACUGUGUUGUUAGCCAAGCAUAAUGGAAGAGUUUUUCAGUAAAAUUGGCCUCUCACACCUAUUACCAGAAUUUACAAAACAAAGUAUAGAUUCGACGGACCUACUUCCUGAUUUAACUGAAGAGCAUAUUGUGCAAUUGAUUCCAAACAUAGGAGAUAGAAUUAAAUUCAACAGGGGUGUCAGAAGCAUCCAAAUUGAGCAGGCUACUAUUGACUUCAUAGACGAGUGUACUCCACCUCCAUCAAAGAAACCUUAUACGGAGUCAACACCUGUGUCAUUUUUGGUCGAAAAUGCCACAAAUUUGUUAGACACUUACGUAGAUUUGGACGCUGGCCCUUCUACCAAUACUUUACAUGACAUUAAUUCUAUGUCAACUGUAACAAACACCGAUCAAAGUGAUUGUGGAUUGAAUUCUUCCUUUUUAAAUUACUGCUCCAUUGAAACUGCAGUUCAAUUCAAUUUGCAAGAAGUGUUGAACGCAGACGUUUUAGGAAGAGCCAUAUUAAGUAAAUAUAAUUCAAAAUUUACCCUUGAUGGAAAAGAGAGGAACGUUCUCUGCGAGAUUAUUAUAUCUCACUUUUUAAAUAAAUCGUUUAAAUUGAAUAACGAAUCGUUAUCCAUUAUUGCAAAUAAAAUUGUUGCUCUUUUUCCGGCUUGUGAAAAGAGAGCCACUUAUUUUGUCAGCCCUAUUCCUAAAAAAAGAUCUGGUCGCAAUAAACCAGAAGUUGCAAAAGGCAAGCUUGUCGACAAGCAUAGAAAUAAAUUGACAGCACUCAGAAGAGCGCUCCAAUUUGACGUAAGUGUGGGAGAAAACAUUUCCGAUGAAAAUGAAGAACCCAACCAAAAUGCAAGAGACAGUCGACUGUGGUUACUAAACAACAAUGAACCUGUAGAAGAAGUACUCCAGCAUUGGCGCAAUUCCUAUUCAAUUCGGAAAAUUACAGUAAACAAGAACAAAACAAUUGAACAGUUCUACAAGGAGUGGCCCAUUCUUGAAACUCAAUUGGCGAUUGAACUGGUUACUUAUGACUUCAACAAAUUAUUUGAAAAGGAAGGUGCUACAGAUGAUACUUUCAAUUUCUUUUUCGAGAAGCUACUGGACAUUCGAAGAAAAAAUUUAUCUGCAGCAGACGAAAGCAUUCUUCAAUUAGUGGAAGGAGAUAUAACUACUGAUUCAAAGCGGGCAGUUCAGUUAUAUCUGCUACCAUCGUUAGUUCCACCAAGAGGUCGCAUAAAGGCGAAGGGGAAGCAAUGGAAGCCAUCCAUUACAGAGUGUAGAGAUGGAUUGUUUGUGCAUGUUAAAUUGCCUGGUGAUAUCGACAAGGCUAAACGCGAUAAGGUAGAUUUCAUGUACAAUAGGGGACAAACUGUACAACCCUAUGUUAUUUUAGUUGGCCCCAGUUUAAAUAAUGUGACUGGCUUCUAUGUUGUUAUAAACGACAAUUUAUAUAAAUGCAUUUCUGUAUUUGAUGCAUUAGACUUUUGUUUUAAAUCUCAUCAUAUAUUUGAUGCCAAGUAUUCUUUUGAAAGUCAUCAUAUUUGGUACCUAAUUCAGUGGCAGGUCUAUAAUUUGAAAACUAAAUCUGACUUGAAGAUUCCAUUUGUUCAAGAUUGCGUUUACAAUCAUUAGGUUGCCGUUUUAAAAUAAGCGUA